AUGACUAGUGUUUUACGUGGAGUAAUUCCACGAUUACCAAAAGUUAUACCUAGAAAUAUAGUGAAUUUUUCAACGAGUUCAAUACUUAGAAACAAGGUCGUAAAAGCACAACCAAAAACAUAUGAAGAAGAAAAAGUUAUAAUUGAUGAAAUGAAUUUGAAAUUACCAGAAGAUGAUUUGGCUGCAAGUAAAAGAAUGAGAAACAUUGGUAUCUCAGCUCAUAUAGAUUCAGGUAAAACAACUUUUACUGAACGUGUUUUAUUCUAUACUGGUAGAAUUAAAGCAAUUCAUGAAGUUAGAGGUAAAGAUUCGGUAGGGGCAAAAAUGGAUCAUAUGGAUUUAGAAAGAGAAAAAGGUAUUACUAUUCAAUCAGCUGCAACAUAUUGUUCAUGGGAAAAAGAUAAUAAAGAUUAUCAUUUUAAUUUAAUUGAUACUCCAGGUCAUAUUGAUUUUACAAUUGAAGUUGAAAGAGCUUUAAGAGUUUUAGAUGGUGCUGUUUUAGUUGUUUGUGCGGUUGCUGGUGUCCAAUCACAAACUGUUACUGUUGAUAGACAAAUGAAACGUUAUAAUAUUCCAAGAGUUACGUUUAUUAAUAAAAUGGAUAGAAUGGGAUCAAAUCCAUGGAGAGCUAUUGAACAAAUUAAUCAAAAAUUAAAAAUGCCAGCUGCUGCAAUUCAAGUACCAAUUGGUGCAGAAGAAAACUUGAAAGGUGUUGUUAAUAUUAUUGAUAGAGUUGCAUCAUAUAAUGAAGGUUCACAGGGUGAAAUAAUUAGAUCAGCAGAAAUUCCUGAAGAUUUAAAAGAAUUAGUUGAAGAAAAAAGAGCUUUACUUAUAGAGACUUUGGCUGAUGUAGAUGAACAAAUGGCUGAUAUUUAUUUGGAAGGUGAAGAACCAACUGUUGAACAAAUAAAAAACGCAAUUAGAAGAAGCACAAUUGGUAGAAAAUUCACACCUGUUUUAAUGGGUUCAGCUUUAGCUAAUAAAGGUGUUCAAUCUGUUUUAGAUUCUGUUGUUGAUUAUUUACCCCAACCAAAUGAAAUUUUAAAUACCGGUUUAGAAUUGAAUAAAUCUACAGGUAAAGAAUCUCCAAUUAAUUUGAUUCCAUCAAGUGUCGAACCAUUUGUUGGUUUAGCGUUCAAAUUAGAAGAAGGUCCUUAUGGCCAAUUAACUUAUAUCAGAGUUUAUCAAGGUAAAUUGAAAAAAGGUGCUUACAUGACACAUGUUAAAUCAGGUAAAAAAGUUAAAGUUUCAAGAUUAGUAAGAAUGCAUUCAAAUGAUAUGGAAGAUGUUUCUGAAGUUGGAGCAGGUGAAAUUUGUGCUACUUUUGGUAUUGAUUGUGCUUCUGGCGAUACAUUUAUUGGUCAAGGUACAAGUCAAGAAAUUACAAUGUCAUCAAUGUUCGUUCCUGAAGCAGUUAUUUCAUUAUCCAUUCAACCAAAAAGUAAAGACAAUGGUGCAUUUUCAAAAGCAAUGAAUAGAUUUCAAAAAGAAGACCCAACAUUUAGAGUACAUUUUGAUUCAGAAUCUAAAGAGACAAUUAUUUCAGGUAUGGGAGAAUUACAUUUGGAAAUUUAUGUUGAAAGAAUUAAAAGAGAAUAUGGUGUUGAAUGUAUCACCGGAAAACCACAAGUUUCAUAUAGAGAAACCAUAACCUCACCUACAUCAUUUGAUUACACACAUAAAAAACAAUCUGGUGGCUCAGGUCAAUACGCUAAAGUUAUGGGUGAAUUUAAACCAAAUGAACCUGAAAAUGAAAACAAAUUCGAAACAGCAAUUGUAGGUGGUAAAAUUCCAGAAAAAUUCUUAUUUGCAUGUCAAAAAGGUUUUGAUGAUUCAUUGGAAAAAGGUCCUUUAAUUGGUCACAAAGUUUUAGGUGUUAGUAUGUUGAUUAAUGAUGGUCAAACUCACGUUGUCGAUUCUUCAGAAUUUUCAUUUAGAACUGCUACACAAGGUGCUUUUAGGCAAGCUUUCUUAAAUGCAAAUCCAGUUAUUUUGGAACCAAUUAUGACAGUUGAAGUUACUGCACCAAAUGAAUUUCAAGGUUCUGUUGUUGGAUUAGUUAAUAAAUUAGGUGGUAUGAUUAAUGAUACAGUAAAUGGACCAGAUGAUUUUACUAUUAAUGCAGAAUGUUCGUUAAAUUCAAUGUUUGGUUUUUCAACUUCAUUAAGAGCAUCAACACAAGGUAAAGGUGAAUUUUCUUUAGAAUUCUUGAAGUAUGCCCCAACUUCACCUCAAUUGCAAAAACAAUUAAUAACGGAACAUGAAAAAGCUCAAAAGGCUAAAUAG